UUAAUUCAAAUCAAUUUAGAAACAGUUUUGUGAAGAUGGCUGACUUAUUAUCCGUUCCUCUAAAGCGACCCAGCGAUGUUGAUAUCACCACACCGUUAAAAAACUUAAUUCAAUCUCGAUAUAGCACCGCAGAUAAUCCCGAAAACUGUACGGAGGCCGUAAAUGAAUUUUCUAAGCUUCGGAACAAUGCUAUUUGGAAAGCCUUUGAAAAAUAUGAGAGCUCUUUGGAUAUUAUUUAUGGGUAUUAUGACCAACUGGUAGCCUUGGAGGGUAAAAUACCUGCUCAAGAGCUACAAGUGCCUUUUAAGUGGAAAGAUGCAUUCGACAGAGGGAAUAUUUUUGGUCAUAAAGCCAGCCUAACUGUACCAUCACUUAGCUUUGAAAAAGUAUGUGUUCUUUUCAACAUUGCGGGACUUCAAAGUGCAAUUGCCGCGAAUCAAAGCCUUGAAAGUGAUGAUGGGCUCAAAUUGGCUGCCAAGUUGUUACAGCAAGCAGCAGGAAUUUUUAGUCACUUAAAGUCGACAGUAAUGCUAGCAAUUCAGAGUGACCCUACUCCAGAUCUAAAUCCUGAUACGCUCGGUGCUCUAUCACAGCUGAUGCUGGCCCAAGCUCAAGAAGUUUUUGUUCAUAAGUCAAUGCAUGACAAUAUGAAAGAUUCAAUAGUGGCGAAACUUGCUGCACAAGCUGACGAUCUAUAUGCUGAAUGUUUAAAAACGUUCCAGAGAGAAAAUUUGAGGGCUAUUUGGGACAAGGAAUGGAUUUCAUCUAUUGGAGGAAAACAGGCUGCCUUCUCUGCCGUCGCUGAGUUUUAUCAAAGUUUAGUAUGCAGAGAGAAAAAAGCUAUAGGAGAGGAAAUUGCCAGACUUAGGAUCGCGAUAGAAAAAUUCAAAGCCGCCCAAUCUAGAUCUGGUAAAAACUUGUUUAGUGACUUGCUGAACAAAGCAGAGAGAAAUUUAGCUGAAGUAGAGAAGGACAAUGACUUUAUCUAUCACGAACGCGUUCCGGACUAUAAAUCUUUGGAGCCCAUUGGAAGAGCACCUUUAGCCAAGCUAUUACCUGUGGCUGAAAAAAUGUCUCAAAACUUUAAAGACCUGUUCUCGAGCUUAGUACCAGUUGCCGUCCAUCAAGCAUUGGCUUCCUAUGACCUAAGAAAAACUGAAAUAGUGAACACUGAAAUAACCAAAUUAAGAGAGUCUACUCAAGAACUUAAUGGAAUGCUAGCCAGUUUGAACCUUCCCGCUGCAAUAGAAGUAACAGAUUCAAAUACUGGUUUACCACCAUCCAUAAUAGAAAAAGCUCAGACUGUCGCAUCUUUAGGAGGUAUCUCUGAGCUAAGUAAGAUGAUUGAAGAAUUACCUGAAUUGCUCAAAAGGAAUCAAGAUGUUUUGGAUGAAACGGACAGGAUGUUAAAUGAGGAAAAAGCUGCAGAUGAUGCACUAAGGCAACAAUUUAAGGAUAAGUGGACUAGAACACCUUCUGAUAAAUUAACUGAAAUGUUUAGGUCGAAUGCUGCUAAGUACAGGCAAAUUAUUACAAAUGCUAUUGAGGCUGAUAGAUUAGUCCAAUCUAAGUUUACCACUCACAAACCAAUGAUUGAGCUCCUGAGUAAACCAGCUUCGGAAUUAGAAUCCUCCUUACCAAGCGGAAACGGAAGUAGUCUCCAAAAUUCUUCGUCUGUGUCCACUUUGAGAUCAUUGAUGCAAGAGGUUGAAACGAUUAAAGCGGAACGUGAGGCCAUAGAAGCAGAGCUAAAAAGCGCGACCACUGACAUGAAAGACAAAUUUUUGUUGGCGUUGUCUAAAGAGGGCGAGAUUAACGAGCCCGCCCUGUCUUAUCAGACGUUGGGUCAAACUUACGGUCCGUUACAAAAACAGGUCGCUGAAAGUUUGGAGAAACAGAAGAGCCUUAUUGAGAGGAUCAGGCAAGCGCAUCAAGAGUUUACUGCAGAAAGAGGCAGCACCGGUGGAGGUAGAGAUGCCAUGAUGUGUCAACUGGCAGCCGCUCACGACGUUUUUAGAGACUUAUUAAAUAAUCUUAAAGAAGGCACUAAAUUUUAUAACGAUUUAACACAGCUUUUAGUAACCUUCCAAAAUAAAGUAUCCGACUUUUGUUUCGCGAGAAAAACCGAAAAAGAGGAAUUGAUGAAGGAUUUAACCCAGGAGAGUAGUAGGGCUACUCCAGCGGUACCACCGGCAACGCCUAGUUACCAUACAGAACCGAAACCGGAAAAUCCUUCACCGACAACGUCGUCUGGGCCCCAACCGCUGGCACCAGGUCAAGGACCGAACCUGCCUUAUCCUGUUUAUGUUCAAGGGAUGCCCAUCCCUUAUGGAAGCACCACGGCCCCGUAUCCUUCUUAUGUGCCCCCUCCAAUGCCUCAAGGGUAUAAUCCAUAUGGAACUUGGCCAGGAAAUUACCAAAAUUAUCAACAACCGCCGAACUUCCAGCAACCAGGAGCCUACCCACCUGGAACAUAUCCACAAAAUCCCCAACAGCCUGCAUACAGACCACCAUGGUAAAAAGUUGCGUCUGGCGAUAAAUUUAUGGUAAUAUUUAAGUAUGAAUUUAUCUUUAUUGGUGUAUAAAUUGUUACGCUAUUAUCAUAAUUGUACUAACAGCAAUUGUAGUCGAAAUAAUUAUGUACAAUAUUAGUAAUAAACACGUACUAUAUUGAAAGCUAGAUGUUUAAAAUAAUUAUUCAAAUGUACCCUUAAGGCUAUGUGAUACAAAUUGUUUUCAAUUACUGAUUGUUACUGCUCUAGUAGGUCAGACGCCUAUUUUUGAACAAUAUCCAAAAGUUGAGUUUGUGGUAAAAUACUAGGUUGCAUUAAAUAUUAUUAGGUUUUUGCAAAUGUCUUCAUAUUUUUAUAUUGUCUAUUAAAGUAUUAAUGUGUAACCGUGUUAUAAUAAAUUUUAAGUUUUAAA